UGCUUUAUAGGGACAUCAGUGUCUUGCUCUGGAAUGAAAGCAGAGAGGAGUUCCUGUUUUCCAAUCUGCUUCAAUUCAGCCCCCCCUCUCUGAUUUUCUCCAACACAGUUUCCCCAACUCUCCACGAUUCAAACUUUGACUGACUUCUUGUCUUACCCAUCCUUUUGCAACGAGGGCAAGGAAACGAGCAUCCAACCAAUCAUCCAGCCUGACUGUCAACCUAAACACAGUGUUUGGCUAAAAGCCCUUUUUGGCCUUUUAUGGAAGGGCUUUUAAUUCGAUGGGAUUUGGUAAGACAGGCCAGAGACACAAGUUCCUGUACCUUGGCAUUUUGGCCCAGGGAUUUGUGGAAAAACACAAGUCCCAAGGCGCCAGACUAGCAAGGAUUGUCCAGUUGUCCAUCCCCCGCAGCUCCAGAAGACAACACGGACUGGACUGAGAAAUCUUCUAAGGACCUUAUUCUGCCUUGGCUUUAUAUUUGUGCACAGCGAUGAACUCAGAGUACCGUUAUCAUGGAAGCCAUAAUAUUGAAAAAAAGAAAAGAGAGCGCCUUUUAUCCACCAGAAAAUCAUGGGUACAACAGGAUGAAGAUUUUUCCAUUGCAGAAGUAACAUUGGGGAAGCCGCCUUCUACCCCACAUCUGGUGGACCGCAAGGAAGCAAAUCUUUGCAGCUGGAUGGAUUCAGGUUUCUACCUAUCUACAAGGAAAGACUCACAAGAAAGCAGAGACAAAGCAGCAGCUCUUUCACCCCCAUUGGGAAUGGUACAAAUGACUGUGCAGAACUACAUGAGAUCCUUGCACAGAUUUUCAGAAAUGCCUGCUCUCUCACGAUGGAACAGUGCAAACCCAUCUCAUUCUCUCCCCAGUACUCCAAAAAGCAUCAUUGAAUGGCUAGAUUUCUCGGAAAAGGACCCAGUUGAGGUUUUGCUGGAUUUAGGAUUUGGCACUGAUGAGCCAGACAUCUGCACUAAAAUCCCUUCCCGCUUCAUCAGUUGUGCAUCCGCUGCUAAAGGAAUCAAUAUCCGUGUCUUUAUUGAAGCACAAAGACAGCGCAUGGAUUUGGAAAAUCCCAAUUUGUGUGGGCGUUUUCGACAAUUAGAAGUCCUGGAUCAUGUGACCAGUGCUUUUUCCUCUUUGCUACAUGAUGUCAGUGCAAUGCAGCAGAAACCAGAAGAUGAAAAAAGAGAUAGGACAGCAGUAGACUCUCUGAAGGAGAAACCAGUGGUCACACAGACAAAGCGAAGGAGGAUAGGCCAGCUCCUGAGAAAAGCAUCCAGACAAACAACUGUACAUGGUCCUCAAGCUUACCGAAGUGCUGGCCAAUGCAAGGCCAAGGAAGACUACUGCCCUGCUGCUGAUAUGGACCUAAACAUCAUGACUAAGACCAGCUUGUCAGAUAGUACUGCCUUGGUCUGUCUGAAAGAGGAACUGUUCCCAAGUGAAGAGGCAGAAGCGGCAAUGACUAUAGCUCAACUUGCUCAGUCCAGAGCUAGCAAAACAUGGGCAUUGCCUCAUCCAGUUAUAAAGCAGCCCCGCCUUCCUUCAUGCUAUGAGAUGGCUCUUAAAGACAGACCACAUAAGGAAUCCAAUUUGCUGUUGACCCAUAUGCUCAGGAGAGUAUCUGGCUUUGGUGGCAAGCCUGCAGAGUCCUUUGAAAUGGAAGAGAUCCAGAGCUUUGAAGAUGAAUCUUCCUGGGGAAAUCCUCUUGAAAGCACUUCAGAUAUGAUAGUAACAAGAACAAACAGUUGCCAGUCUGACAGCAGUGGUUUUCUGGAAGACCCCUCUGAGCCAUUACCUCUACAGGCUUUGUCUCUGCCUGGAAACCUGAGACUUAGUUUCAAUUCCCAUGAUGGCCAAUCAUUUCUAUGGUACAGAAAAGAUUCCAUUUCAACAAGUCAAGACCUUCAAUCCUAUGCAGAGGGACCCAAUGCCAACACAACAGCAGGCAGUAGCUAUGUUGCAUUAUUGCCGAACCUAAGUAGAGAACAUACUUUUCAAGGAGAGGAAAUCUUUUAUUCUAUAAGUGAAGAAGAUGAUCUGUGUGUGACUUCCAGUGCUCAGGAGGAGAGUGCAGUUAGUGAAACUGGACAUCAAAUAGAUGAAAUGGAAAUACAAAGUAGAAGAAGGGAAAUGGAGAAGGGAGAUGUACAGGAAUGUCUUGUAUGCCAUGAUAGAGAUAAUAUGAAUCAGGUUGAAAUUAGAUCUCCAGAAGAAAACUGCCUUUCACAUGGUAGGGAAGAAAACCCAAGUAUAUUUAUUGAUGGAGGACAAGUAGAAGACAUUAGGAGAGAAGAUGAUGAAGUUUUGACUGAAGAAACAGAGAUUAAAGAAAUAAGCAAAGGAGAUGUAUGUUUAGAAGGUGUAGCAGAAGGUGUGGCAGAAAAGCUGAAUGAAUUGAAGGUUUGUGGAAAGUUGGACUCAUCUCUUCCAUUCACAGAUCUCACAAGUAGCUGUCAGGAUGUUGAUUUAAGUGAUCAAAUGAUAACUUUGGUUACAGCCAAUACCUUUAGAAUUCAUAAUGACAUCAAUACUGCACAACCAGAGGUCCAUGUUAUUUCCAGAACACUUCUUCCAGGUGAUAGCUUUCUCCCCUCCUGCUCUGGAAAGGAAGAAACUGGCUCAUUGGAUAAGUUACCAAGGAGCAUGGAACUGGACCAAGAGGGGUAUGUUCCUUGCUUUGAAACAAAUAGUAAUAGCCCUUUAAAAUCUGUCACUGUCCAGAUGCCUUCAAGACUGCUGUCCAAUAUGCAAAGCAUCUCACUGGGUGAAACAAGUGUUAAGAGCCAUUCCAUUGACUUCACAUCCAAGAUGUCCCAGUGCUCUAAAGAUGAUCCCUUCCUCACACCAGUUUCAGUGGCCUCAAACACAGAAGACAAACAAAUAAAAGAAGUUUCUAUUCAAACAGACAAGAACACAAGAAAGAAGGAAACCCUCCCUCAGAUUCAUUGUCUCCCUUCAUUUCAUCGGCAUGGCCAUCUUGUGAAGUCCACUUCCCUAGACACAGGACUUCACCGGAAACACAGAUCUUGCUGUCAUGAACCUUCAAGGGGUUGGUGUAUCCAACCUAGAGGACACUGCUGCUCACUGAACUCACAUCACUGCUGUUCGAUGUGGCCUUUCCCCUUUGUUACUUCAUGCAACCACCCUGCCGCAUGUUGCUCAUCUUACACCACCACAGAGCUACAGCUUCUGAAAACUCUCAAGCUAUUGCAGGAUACAGCACUGAGAAAUAUUUCUUCUAGUACUGUCCAGGAAAUUGAAGUCAUGAAAAAUUCAUGCCAAAAGUUUCGAGAACGUCUGGAUGAGAUAGAGCAACACAUGCUAGAACAAGAGGCUAUCUUUUCCACUUUAAUGCCCAAGGAAGGACGGGAGGAAAGAAGUCGACUGCAGGUCUUGAGGCAGGCUGUGCGUCGAGAGGUGGCCGAGCUGGAAACCCAGCUACAGGAUCGCAUGCACCAGGUUAGGGAAGGAAUUCUUACGAAUCUGGAUCAAUUAUUAGGUGAACAGUCUAAUCUGUGCUCGGAGCUUGGAAUUCCUGGCUGGAGGGAAGAAAAGGCAUCCAAGAAUGGCCAUACUCCUCCAGAUUCCGAUGCUGCAACUUCUUCCAGAGCCAAGUACUCAAAGAAGAACUGUCCAAAAUGGACAUCAAGCAGAAGUGCCACAGUCCCAAGCACUGCUUCAACCUCUUCAUUCAGACAAGAUGAACUGCAAGCUUCAGCUUUCAUAGCAGGGAAGCCCAGCUCUGCUUCAGACCCUGAGGAACUUCAUGCUAGUAAAAAGGAACCUAAAGCUCCUUCUCAGACAAAACUGGAUUUCAAAGCCUUUAUACAGAAUCUGAAAAGAUCCUUCCGAAAUUCUUUCAACCAUGAUGCAGCAGGAGGAAAAGUCUGAUUUACAGCAAUACUUUCCUAAACUCCUGGAAGUACCUCGCAGAAUGGAAAACGAGCUGCUCUUUCAUAUACACAAGAAGUACUCAUAAACAUUCAAAUCAUUUUUAUGAGAGAAUAUGUCAAAAUGUAUGCAGAGAGAAGAAAAGCCCCCAGGAAAAGUUUGGAUUAAAAUUAAGAGAAGAUUCAAGGACAAAAGACUGACUGAACAAGUCAUCAUAAGAUAAAACCUUCAUGGAAAUUCUGUACAAGUUGAUAUGGGCUGAAGAUUUUGUGAUAUUUCCUAAAAACCUGUUACAUAGAGGACUGGUGCUAGAGCUAAUGAACCUCCAGAUAAUUAUAGUCAUUCUGUGACCUAUUCCAGUAAAUAUCUCCAUGUUGGCCACUUGAUUUCUUGAUGUCAAGUGCCACCUGCUGGUAGAAAUUUAAAGCAGCCGAAAGAAGAACUUUUCUAGCUGAUGUGUCUCCUUUCCAUUCUUAGUGGGGCAGUAUCUGUUUUAUUGCAUGGAGUGUUAAAUUUGCUUUUAAUCUUGGAAUUUGUUGUAUAAAUUCUAUAGAGGAAAAUAAUGGCUUAAAUCCAAUUAAUAUAACCAACUGGAAUAGACCCACCAAUCAAUGAAGCAUGGCCACAUCAACACUGCAAUAUAAUGCAUUUUCUGAAUCCAGAUUAUCUUCUUUGAAUUGAAUUAUAUCACAGUGUAGAUCCAGCCUUAAGUAAAUGUUGGCUUUCCAAGUUCCCAUCGAUUCAACAUUUGACUAACAAAAAGAAUUAGGGCAAGGGUGGGCAAACUGCAAAUUUCCAAGUACUGCUGGGUUGCAGCUCCCAGCAGUCCUAGCCAGAAUGACCAAUGCUGAAAGAUGCUUGGUGCUAUCGUCUAGUAAAAACUGGAGAGCUGCACUUUGUUUAUCCUUGAAAUUUGCAUUUUUUUAUUUUAACAUUUGUAAAGUUUCUCUGUGUUGCAAUUGAGUGAACGUUUUUAAAAGGAAGAUAGAUAUCUUUCCAAAUGCACUAAUUCAGAACACAUAUGACCUCAUUCCCCACAAUAUCUUAAACCUUGCUUACAACUACCUUUUGACAAAUCUCUUCAUUUUUAAAAUGCAUCUUAACUUGUACAAAAAUGUUGGGCUUCUUUGGUGAUUUUUCAGUUUUGAAUCUGACAACACUGUGGUCAGAGUUUCCACUUAGUUCAAUAACACAUUGUUCUUUAGGACCUAAUUGCUGCUUGAGGUUAAAUCCAGGGUCAUUGCCCCUCUGGUUAUGGGCAUGGCUCUUCUUACAUUAAGCCAUUUAUGGUGUCAUUCUCUCCCUUCAACCCAAAAUUGACCUCUUUCCUUCAUCCACAACUUCCUGAGUGAUUUGGGCUUCUGGUUACUUCUCAGACAAUGUGUCCUAGUACUAAAUUACUGUUAAAAUUUCAGAUUUUCACAAAUAUUUUAUGCUAUUGUUAUUAUUGAUAUAACAAAAUAUGUAAAUGUUCUAUGUAGCAUGAAGCUAUGCACAUAAAGACCUAUUUCCUCCACACUGUAUUGCAUCCCUAUUCUUUCCCACACAAUGACAAAUGAAACCUAUGCAGAAAAGUUUUACUGUGUCACAGACCUAUCUUUCACUAUGACCAAUAGUGCAUAAACUCCUAAAAGAUAGACAUUGUUAGGCAAAAGCUAAAAAUGUGACAUUUGGUGCAGUGAAUUUCAUUCAUAACAAAUAACAGCUUUUGGAUAAAGUCAAACACCAGACGUACAGCACUGAGUUUGGCAGAUCUUACAAUCUAAUAAAAGGCAUGUACCCAAGGACUUCUCUGGCUAUAGGGGGCCUAAUUAUAUUUUUCAUUUUUGACAUAAUAGUAGAGGGGAACUCAUGAUUCUCCAGGUAUUCCCAGAUCAGUUAUCAUCCUCUCUGCCUAUCAACCAUGUUGGUGUUGAUGGGAGUCCAACAGCAUCUAAAGGGCUACAUUCUCCAGUCCAGCUAUUACUGUAUAUUUUAUCCAAGAAGUAGGAAGAGGUACUUUAACUUGCCAAUGUAAUAGGAUUAACAACCUUCCUGAAUUAUUUUAGCAAUAAAAGCAUCUGACCA